AUGAGCACCAACACAGGCUCAAUCGGAGCGGCGCCACCACCGCCCGGGGAGACGCCCAAUUUCGACAAUCCGCGUGACGCUGGACAUAUGCUCCACAUGGUGUACAUGGUUCUCAUCCAGAUUGUUGUAGUGGUUUUCUUCGCAUUAAGGGUCUACGUCAAGCUGUUAAUCUUCACCGUGCUCUUGAACUCGACCGUUUUCAUCAAACUCCAUUUCGGCGAAGGAUUCCACAUUUGGGAAAUCACUGCUGGCAACUUCACCGAGCUCCAGAAGUGGCUGUACAUCAGCUCCCUUCUGUAUUCGCCGGCAGCCUUUUUCACCAAAACGGCUCUUCUACUUCUCACCGUUCGCGUUUUCUCCGUCGACAGGAACGUAGCCCGGACGCUUCACGCUCUUUUGGCAUUCUUUCUUCUGUGCUAUAUACCGGCACAAGUCGCAAAGACUCUCGUUUGCAUCCCAGUCCAGGCAUUUUGGGACACGGGUGUUGUCAACUUCAAGUGCAUCGACCAGACUAAGCUUUUCUUGUACGACGGCUCCAUCUCGAUCGUGUCAGAUCUGGUGAUUCUCGUUGUCCCCAUACCUUUGACCUGGGCUCUGCGGGUGUCACUUGCCAGAAAGGUGAAGGUGGUGGCACUUCUAGGCGCGGGUGGUGUAGCAUUUGCGGUGACGGUGUAUCGGGUAUACCUCACCAUCAAGUUUGCGGAUACCAAAGACCCGACUGUGGACUUCAUCCCUCUUGACUGGACUGUGACUGGAGAGCUCGCCAUUGGCAUAGUUUGCGCUUGCUUUCCCUCAAUCAACCACCUGCUCGAGCGGCGCAGCGCGACAAGAGUAUCGUCUAAUUCUUCUACGGCAGGACUCUCUUGGUGGAGGAAGGCAUCGAAAGAUUGUCUAGACUCCUUGUCAUCUUGGGGCAUGAAUCGCCGAUCCAGGCUAGCGGCUGGGAACAGGAUCAGGCUGCAAAAUACCACAGCAGAUUCGGAUGUGAGGCUUGCGUCGACCCCCGGAAGUACUCCCGGCACAGAAAGAGAUGAGCCGCAGCAGUCAGACUAUGAUAUUGAGCUGGCCGUGAUUUCGAUGCCGCAAAGCGAGCCUCAUCCGGGAGAGUUGGUAACGACGAGGGUGGGUGACCGCAACGUCGGCCUGCUGAACCCUCUACCUGUCAUUCGACGCAGCAGUCCUUUCAAAGUCGAAGGCCCGUCUUGA